AUGGCCGCGCGCCCGGGGCCCCUGUGGCUCCUUGGCCUGGUGCUGUGCGCGCUCAGCGGCGGCAGCCCCAGCCCGCGCCCUGCAGCCGGCUGUCCCCAGCACCACCUGGGUCCGCACGAGCGCCGAGACCUGCAGCACGAGAUCCUGGCGGUGCUCGGGCUGCCCGGGAGACCCCGGCCCCGCGCGCCGCCUGCGGCCGCCCGGCUGCCCGCGUCCGCGCCGCUCUUCAUGUUGGACCUCUACCACGCCAUGGCUGGCGACGACGACGAGGACGGCAGCCCCGGAGAGCGGGGCCUGGGCCACGCCGACCUGGUCAUGAGCUUCGUCAACAUGGUGGAGCUCGACCGCGCCCUGGGCCACCAGGAACCCCACUGGAAGGAGUUCCGCUUUGACCUGACCCAGAUCCCGGCGGGGGAGACGGUCACAGCCGCCGAGUUCCGGAUUUACAAGCUGCCCAGCACCCACCCGCUCAACAGGACCCUGCACGUCAGCGUGUUCGAGGUGGUCAGGGAGCAAGCCAACAGGGAGUCUGACUUGUUCUUUUUGGAUCUUCAGACGCUCCGAGCUGAGGACGAAGGCUGGCUGGUGUUGGACGUGACAGCAGCCAGUGACCGCUGGUUGUCGAACCGUAACGAGGACCUGGGACUCCGCCUCUACGUGGAAACGGAGGACGGGCGCAGCGUGGAUCCUGGCCUGGCCGGUCUGCUGGGGCGACGGGCACCGCGCUCCAAACAGCCUUUCAUGGUCACUUUUUUCAGGGAGAGCCCCAACCCCACCCGAGUCCCUCGGGCAGUGAGGUCCCUGAGGAGGAGGCUGCCGAAAAAAACCAACGAGCUGCCGCAGCCGAACAAGCUCCCGGGGAUCUUUGAUGACAUCCACGGCUCCCACGGCCGGCAGGUCUGCCGACGGCACGAGCUCUAUGUCAGCUUCCAGGACCUCGGCUGGCUGGAUUGGGUCAUCGCCCCCCAAGGCUACUCGGCCUAUUACUGUGAGGGGGAGUGCUCCUUCCCGCUGGACUCCUGCAUGAACGCCACCAACCACGCCAUCGUGCAGUCCCUGGUGCAUCUGAUGAAGCCAGAUGCAGUCCCCAAGGCGUGCUGCGCGCCCACCAAGCUGAGCGCCACCUCUGUGCUCUACUACGACAGCAGCAACAAUGUCAUCCUGCGCAAACACCCCAACAUGGUGGUCAAGGCCUGUGGCUGCCACUGAGGCCCUGCCCCCCGCCCCUGCAGCACCUCUCAGCUGGACUGGCCCCUCUCCAGAGGCUGAGACCUUUCAAAUGGAGCUCUGGUGGGGUGGAAGGUAGGGCUCUGGUGUCUCUGCUCACAUACCAACAGCAUCUGAUUGGUCUUCUCCGGGCUCCUCUGCCCCUUCCCGGUGCCUGUGGUUUGUCCCAUCCCACCCUGUAGGGUGUGUCGGCUGUGCUGG